CUUCUUGCCCACCGGCCUGCGCUGUGCUAUCCUUGACCGCGCGGCCAGAGCACAUGGGGCACCGGGGAGGAGCGACUAGAUCCCGGCAGCGGAAACGAUGAACACACGGGCGUAGGAGCGGGAGGGAGGACGUUACACGGGGGGCCCGCGCUCCUGUGGACAUGGCCACGCCCAGGAAGACCCAGGGCUCCUCUCCCUCCUCCUUGAUGGAGCUCUCCUUCCAGCCGCUGCUCAAGGCCUUCGAGGACCUCACCCUGGACUCGGGCUAUGGGGGCAUGGCGAGCUCCUGCCGCUCCUCCGUGCUCUCCUUGUCACCCUCACACCUGGACACCCCUCCGCCGGGGACGCUGUGGACGCUGCGGGAGGCCGUGGGAAGGGACGGCGGGGACAAGGGCCUGGCUGGGAGAGAGACUUGGGCCACCUUACCGCCCCUGGAGUGGGCUCCCUGGACGGAGGAACAGCUGGGCGUCGUGAUGCGCAGGAGCCUUCCCUCCUGGCGCCUGUCCCAGCAGCUGCUGCGCCAGGUGUCCGUGCGCCUCGGGAGGGCGCUGCAGCGCGUGGCCCUCGAGGCCCGGCGCCUCGGCCUGCGCUGCGGGAAGUGCACCAAGCAGGAGGUGCAGGCGGCCGCCAGGCUGCUGCUGUCCUGGGCCCUGGCCGAGGUGUUCGUGGGGGCGGGCGCGCGGGCGCUCUCGCAGUACAGCAUGAGUGUGGAAGACCCCUGGAUGCACGGCAAGAGCGCCCUCUGCGGGUUGGACCUGUCGGUGGGGCGUGUCUUCCGCUGGAUGGUGGAGGCCCGCGUGGCGCCUCUGGUCCACGAACACGCUGCCAUCUACCUGGCUGCUGGCCUGCAGGCCCUUCUCGAGGUGCUCGGCAACAGGCUGGGCAGGGCGCCUCCGGACCACCGGGGGGCGCUGUCGCAGGCUGAGACCGACGAGGCGGAGCAGCAGGCGCUCGAUCGACUGCUAGAUGCUGACGCGGAGCUCUGGGGACUCUUUCAGCCCUAUCGGCACCUGAUGUGCGGCCGAAACGCGUACGGUGUCCUGGUGCUGCCCUCGUACCUGAGCGUCUACAGCCGGCGGUCCAUGGGCAGAGCGGGCGGCACCCUCCCCUUCCGGGUGUCCGAACUGCAGACGCUCGAAAGCAGUUUGCUCAGCACCACCGUGGACAGUGUCUCCGAGCUCAGUGCCCUGGUCAUCAACACAAUGUACUGCCUGCAACGGAUAUCUUCUGGCUCCUCAAGUGCGGUGGACCGUGCUCCUUUCCACCAGAGGGCACUAUGCUGGGAACCAGGGGCUCUGCAUACACUCUUUUACUAUACUCAUGUCCAAAGGGAGGGGGGGCGACACAGCCCUGAGUCCCGUGGACCUCAGCUGUGCACGGAAAGGCCAGAGGCGUGGCUGCCCCCGCUCUGCGAGUGGUUGCGCGCGUGUAUCGCCCUGGCGGAGCAUCGGCACAGCCUGACGGUGGACAGUGGAGAUGUUCAGCAGGCGGCCAGGCUGCUGCUCCCAGGUGUGGAUGUGGAGCCCCGCCCCCUCAGGGUGGAAUGUUGUCUCUAUGCCUCCAAGCGGUUGGAGGCUCCCGCAGUGAAGCGCGUGCUCUGCUGGAACCUGGCCUUCCGUAUGCUCACCUGCGGCCGGACAGACCUGGUAGCCUCAGCUGUAGCGCUGCUGGGGCCUGACGGCGUGAACACCCUCGACCAGCAGGGUCUCUCCCCUCUCAUGUACACCUGUGCAAAUGGAGACGAGGCCAUGGUUCAGGUUCUGCUAGAUUCUGGGGCUUCUGUCAACUUGCAGGUUCCAGGGGCAGCCCAGUUGGCCCCCUGUGCUCAUCCAGAGACCCGCCACUGGACUGCGCUCUCUUUCGCUGUUGCCUUCGGACACACAUCUGUGGCUCAGCUCCUGUUGGACCAUGGCGCUGACGCUGACGGCUGUGCGGGAGAAGAAGGAGCCGCGGAGACACCCCUGCAGUUGGCCGCGGCCGCAGGACGUUACCCGCUAGUCUCUCUGCUGCUCGAGAGGGGGGCGGAUCCACUCAGCGGAACCUGCAGCGUGAUUGGUGGGAGCAGCUCCCUGCGGGGGAUGACCACCGCGUUCUCCCUGGCUGCUGCCCACGGUCAUCGGACUGUACUGUGGACCCUGCUUUCCACCAUCAACAGUGACAUGGUGUCCCUGGAAGACAUGCUGGCAGAGGGGCUGGUGUCCAGAAGUGACUCGGGCGCACAGUCGGGGCGCAGCAGCCGUGCCAGGCGGCGUGCCCUGCAAGGGGCGCUCUACCACAGCGCUGAGCACGGCUUCCUGGACAUCGCCAUGCAGCUCCGACAAAGAGAGAACGUGCCCUGGACGCUUCACUCCUGGCUGCAGUGCCUGAGGACGUCCUUCUCGCAGCAACGCUGGGACAUGACACACAGCCUCCUGGGAGACUUCCCCACGCUCCAGGAUGUGUACAGCAAGGAGCUGGUGUGCGACGGCUUGCCGCUACUCUUCAACAUCCUCAACACCUGCCAGAGCGAGUCCACAGUGCACCAGCUGGCUGCCAUCUUGUCCAGCUGUUAUGGCUCGUACCCAGUGCCUGCAGUGCAUGAGUGCGCUCCAAAGCCUCACACACCUCUAGAUCCUCUCUUCCUGAACAACAAGGAGAUGUGUGACAUUACGUUUCUGGUUGAGGACAAGCCCUUUUAUGGCCACAAAGAACUGGUGUCGUCUGCCUGUCCAGGGUUGGAGAAGCUUAUCAGUCAGGUGUCUUCAUCCAGCUUGACCCCUGUGGAAGUUCCUGACAUCAAAUACAGCACUUUCCAGCUGGUGAUGCAGUACAUUUACAGCGGAGGAGUUCAGGGGAUACACCUGAGCAAACAGGAGGCCGUGGAGGUUCUACAUGUCGCCCACGUCUUUGGUCUCAAAGUGUUGAAACGCCACUGCGAGGUGCUCUGCUCCAAGUGCAUCUACCCGUCGGACGCAGCCAGCGUGUACCGCCAGGCCAAGGCUGACCAGGCAUCCGAGCUGAAGAGGUUCUGCGAAGGCUACUUUCUGAAGAACAUGGUGGCCCUACUGGACGUCAGCUCCUUCCGCCGCCUCCUGCUGGCAAGCGAGGAAAAAGACGCCCUGGGCAAAGACCUACUGCACACGCUCACCACCCGCAUGCAGGCCCUGGGUCAGCCGGUGGCCAAGGAGACCAUGGUUUAAAGUGCCACCUGCUGUCAGUGGGGCAGCACUGCAGACCGAUGGUUUGAUGGUAGCGGAAGGAGAUGACGAUGGAUUAUCGUACUGGACGUGCUGGAAGUGCUGACAGGUGACAGGAGACUUCGCUUCGUCUCAGGCGGCAGUGAGAGGGAUAAACAGCCCAGUCGCCUCUUUGCUGGGUGACAUUACACUUUCUGAAGCUUUCUUCCUAGUGUGAGUGAGAUCAAUAUGCAUUUGCCAGCGUACUUCAAUAUAUUCUUACUGGUAAGAAGCGGUGCAACAACUGAUUGUACAUUUUCUUCAUUGUUCACACUGAUGUCUUUACGGAGUGUGUGCUCAGUAUGACUGUUAAGAAAUCAGAAGUUCCAAUAAAUGCUUAUUGAGUGAAUUAAUUGAUGGGGAAUUUUCAGAACAGUGUAAGGGGCCGCCUUGUUGUGGUGUGUCAAGAUCCUGCAGAAUCGCUCUUUCUUUACUUGGACUCCAUGUUCAGACCUGGAAUCAGAGUGAAGCCUGCAUGGUUGCUAUGGAAACCAGAGUUUUGGUCCUGCAGGUGUGAUCUUGAGGUAUUCUGACUUCUAGAAGUAUGGGCCACUCAGCUUUAGAGGAAGGAGAAUCCACUUGGGGCAAAGGGCUCCUUCACAUUCACUAUUUGCUCAAGAGCUUCCAAAGCGUUGGAAAGAAUUUAUUUAAAGUCCUUUUCCCACACAGGUCAAGUUCACAAAGUAUACAGUGAAAGGAUUAAUAAAUGGUGACAUGGUGGGUGGCAUGGUGGCACAACGAGUAGCGCUGCUGUCUCACAGC